GGCCGCGCGUGCGCACUCAGGCGCUAGGACCAGGGGCGCCCGCUUUCCCUUUCCGGCCGGUGGUCGCAGGCUUGCAGCCUAGCUGGGGGUGGGGGCAGGGCAGCGCGGGGUCGAACGCUGGGACUCGGAGCGGGUUUCAAAUCUAAACGGAUCCUAACGAUACCGGCUGUUCCUUCUCCACAGCCCCACCCUCCUGCCCGCGAGAAUCGUAUGAAAGGGGGACUUUGUCUCUGCAAUGACAAAGUAAGCCCAGCUUUCUUACUGACAGCAGUACUUAUGGGUAAGAGAAAAGAGGAAAGCUUUUCAAAACCUGGAUUCCACAAAAGGCCAAGACAGGAAUACACAGAUGAAUCUAAUGAUGAGCUUGAUGAAGAAGAACGUUCACAGUUUCAGUCUGACAGUAAUUCCAGUUCGCAGUCGACUUCAGGGGAAGUGGGGAUAAUUGAAAGCAUCCAAUUGAAGAACUUCAUGUGCCAUUCAAUGUUGGGGCCCUUUCAGUUUGGAUCCAAUGUAAACUUUGUGGUUGGAAACAAUGGAAGUGGGAAGAGUGCUGUAUUAACUGCUCUUAUUGUUGGGCUUGGGGGAAAAGCUACCACAACUAACAGAGGAUCUUCCUUGAAAGUAUUUGUGAAAGAUGGAGAGAAUUCUGCAGAUGUUUCAAUAACGUUAAGAAACCGAGGUAAAGAUGCAUUUAAACCAGAAGUAUAUGGCAGUUCUAUUAUUGUGACUCAACACAUUAGCAUGGAUGGAAGUCGAAGUUAUAAACUGAAAAGCAAAACAGGGACGUUAAUUUCUUCUAAGAAAGAAGAACUUACUGCAAUAUUGGAUCACUUUAAUAUACAGGUAGAUAAUCCUGUGUCUGUUUUAACCCAAGAGAUGAGCAAGCACUUCUUACAGUCUAAAAAUGAAGGUGACAAAUACAAGUUCUUUAUGAAAGCAACCCAGCUGGAGCAGAUGAAAGCUGAUUAUUCAUACAUUAUGGAAACUAAAUCAAGAACUCAUGACCAGAUAGAACAAGGAGUAGGGCUUCUUCAAGACCUUAGGCAGCACUAUUUUGAGAAAGAGGAGCACUACAAAAGUAUUGCGUUCGUGAGCGAAAUGCAAACCAAUCUAGAGGCUUUGAAACAUAAAAUGGCCUGGGCAGUGGUGAAUGAAACUGAAAAAGAAAUGAAACCAAUCAAAGAUAGUAUUGAUAUUGAGGAAGGACGUACUGAAAAGUAUGAUCAGAAGUUAAACGAAUGGCAGGUCAAAGUAAAUGAAGCAGAAGAAAAGUACAAGGCCAUCCAAGAUAAGUUAGAGAAGAUAAGUGAAGAAGCACAAGCACUGCAGCCUCAGUGUGUUUGUUCGAAAGCUGAUGUACAAGCAAAAAGAAAAGCAUACAACGAGGCUGAGGCACAUUAUAAUCGUUCGAGAACAGAAUUAAAACGACUAGAAAAAGAUGAUGAACAGCUACGGAAACGAAUUGAAGAACUGAAAAAUAGUGCUGAUCAAGUUUCAGAGUCUGAAAAGCUGGAAACACAGAAAAAAAUAGCCCAGUUGAAAGAGCAGUUGAAGAUCGUCCAUGAUCAAGAGGUCAUGAUGGUUCAAGAUAUGGAUCAAUUUCAGCAGGCUGUCUACAAAUCCAAGGAAGAACAUGCUAGACUCAAGCGAGAAGAACUUGAUGUGAAACAAGCAUUGGAUUCCAAGCAAAGACAGCUGAAGGAGCUGACAGACAGUAAAACAAAUAGAUUGAAAAGAUUUGGACAACAUGUGCCAGUCCUUCUUGAAGCAAUUGAAGAUGCCUAUAGAAAAGGACAUUUUAAACACAAACCUAUUGGACCUCUAGGUGCUUUCAUUAGUCUCAAAGAUGUUGAACUUACUUUGGCUGUUGAAACUUGUUUAAAAAGCCUACUGCAGGCAUUUUGUUGUGAUAAUCAUCAUGAUGAGAGAACACUUCAGACACUGAUGUCAAAGUUUUAUCCAUCUGGAUAUCGGCCCCAAAUAAUUGUCAGUAGGUUUCGAAAUGAAGUUUAUGAUGUCAGACCUAGGGCCGUUCACCAUCCAGAAUUCCCAUCAGUCCUUACAGCUUUAGAAAUAGAUAAUGCAGUUGUUGCUAAUUGUUUGAUUGACAUGAGGGGUAUAGAAACAAUCCUGCUAAUUAAGAGUAACCCAGAGGCUCGUGCGGUAAUGCAGAGAAAGAGGCCUCCAAAAAACUGUAGAGAAGCUUUUACUGCGGAGGGUGAUCAAGUGUUUGAGAGACGUUAUUAUUCAUCUGAUAAUACCAGGCCAAAAUUCCUAAGUAAAGACGUGGAAGCAGAAAUAAGUCACUUGCAGAAAGAAAUUGAAAACAAAAUGGCACAGUUGUCAACAACUCAACAUCGUUUACGUUCCAUUGAAAAUGAGACGAGAGAGAAUGAAGAUUAUCUUAAUCAUCGUCGUAGACAACAAAAAGAAUUACAGAUGAAAAUAAGAAGAAUAAACAUAGAAAUAGCAGAUCUUGAGAACGUAGAAGAACACCAAUCAGUAGACAUCUCUACAUUAGAAGAUGAAGCUCAAGAAAACAAGCACAAGAUGGAAUCCGUUAAGCGGGAUAUGGAACAGCAAAGGGGAAAAAUGGAGGAACUGAAAAAUAUUCUACGAGUGGCUGAACAUAAACUUGAAGAAAUUAAAGAAAAACUUCACCAAGUAGAAGAAAUAGCCAGUCCAGUCAAGGAUGAAUUAAACCAAGCUGACUUAGAAGUGGAAAAGAGUAAACACCACUGGCAGCACUACGAAGAGAAACAGAAAGAGCAUUUGGCAUCCAUAAAAAAGCUUAAAGGAGAACUAGCUGCUAAAGAAAAAGAAUUAAAGGAAAAGAUUGCACAGGCCACACAAAUCUGCCCGCAACGGAUAGAAGUCAACAGAACUGUCAAGAGUCUUGACACAGAAAUGAAUCGCUUAAGAGACAAGAUCAAUUCAGAAAGAGAUCAUCAUGGAAACAGAGAAGAAAUAAUAAAGCAGCUUCUUGAAGCAAAGGACAAAUAUCAGGAUGCAGAAGGUAAAGUGAAGAAUUUGAAGAAGUUUAUUAAAUUGUUGGAUCAAAUAAUGACACAGAGAUACAAAAUGUAUCAACAGUUCAGAAGGUGCCUUACUUUACGAUGCAAGUUCUAUUUUGACUUCUUAUUAUGUCAGCGAUCUUACUCUGGAAAAAUGAGUUUUGACCACAAGAAUGAAACACUUUCAAUAACAGUCCAGCCUGGAGAUAUAAACAAGGCUGCUCUAAAUGACAUGAGAUCUCUAUCAGGAGGUGAACGUUCUUUUUCAACAGUUUGUUUCAUUCUUUCUCUAUGGUCCAUUGCUGAAUCUCCUUUCAGAUGCUUGGAUGAAUUUGAUGUCUUCAUGGACAUGGUUAAUAGAAGAAUUGCAAUGGACAUGAUGCUCAAGAUGGCAGAUUCUCAACGUCAUCGACAAUUCAUUUUGCUCACCCCACAGAGCAUGAGUUCCCUACCUACAAGUGGCCUUAUUCGGAUCCUCCGAAUGCAAGACCCUGAAAGAGGACAAACAACGCUGAAUUUUCAACGAAGACAUCAAGAAGAGGAAGAAGACUAAAAUUAAUAAAUACCUUUGACACAUUAAUAUGCUAUCCCUAAUGUUCAGGUUUUUAUAGUAUAAAUGUAUAUAAUUUAUAUAUCUGUAAGAUUACUAAGGGCUUGUUUACACACAUGGUGCAGCAGUGUGCACUACAGGGGUAGGAUUUCUAAAGCAUACCAGCGUGUUGCACACUAAUUGGUCUGUGUAUACCCUGCUGGUACACAUUAAAAUUUCCCUAAUGUAAUUCACUCCACAGCCUGUGUAGACAAACCCAUACUUGCUUCUUAUUGCAGGUUAAGAGAAUUCAGUUGAAGGAUAUUUCUAGUACAGGAGACAACUCCUUUAUAUUUUAUAGAGAAAUAGUUUGUGUAAUGAAAAUGUAAAUGAAGUGUGUAAUUUUAGUAAAACUAGAAUUUAGUUUAAAAAAAAAUCAGUGUGGUUCACUGGAAAAAAUUAAAUGAAAAUGUUCAUUUCGAUUAACUUUUUUUAAACUGCCAACUGCUGGAGAUUAAAACAUAAAAUAUACUCUUUUGGUUUUUCUGAAAAAUUGAAAUAUAUUUUGUGUAAUUAUGCUGGAGAAAAAUCAUUUAAAAAAUCUUUAAAAACUGAUAUAAGUAGUAAUGUUUUAAAAAUAAAGUGUCCAAGUACACUUAAAUUCUGCUAAGUUUAUAUUGUUCAGCACUGUUCAAGAAGGUUUUAAAAUGUGACGUAAAAUAUACUAAAUUUUCAAGACUGGAUUUUGCUGUUCAGUCUGUCCAGGACAGGAUCAUUUUGCCAUCAGGCAGUAUCUGAGAUUUGUUUUGAGUAUAUUAAUUGUGUUUACUUAUUUAGCUGUGGAAAUAUUAUCUGCAGUAUUUUGCCUUGAUAUAUUUAAGAACAGAACCACUUAUAAAUGAAAGUGUAACAAAA